AUGGGGAAACUGCAUUUUCUGGUGGAAAAGAACUUCACAGAAGAAAAGCUUGGCCAAGCAGAGAAGACAGAAUUGGAUGCUCACUUAGAGAACCUCCUUAGCAAAGCUGAAUGUACCAAAAUAUGGACAGAAAAAAUAAUGAAACAAACUGAAGUAUUAUUGCAACCAAAUCCAAAUGCCAGAAUAGAAGAAUUUGUUUAUGAGAAACUGGAUAGAAAAGCACCGAGUCGGAUAAACAACCCAGAACUUUUGGGACAGUAUAUGAUUGAUGCAGGGACUGAGUUUGGCCCAGGAACCGCUUAUGGUAAUGCCCUUAUUAAAUGUGGAGAAACACAAAAACGAAUUGGAACAGCUGACAGAGAGCUCAUUCAAACAUCAGCCUUAAAUUUUCUUACUCCUUUAAGAAACUUCAUAGAAGGAGAUUACAAAACAAUUGCUUCUGAACAGGAAUUAAGAAUAACUCAAAGUGAGUUUGAUCGUCAGGCUGAGAUUACCAGACUUCUGCUAGAGGGAAUCAGCAGUACACAUGCUCAUCAUCUUCGCUGUCUGAAUGACUUUGUAGAAGCCCAGAUGACUUACUAUGCACAGUGCUACCAAUACAUGCUAGAUCUCCAGAAACAACUGGGAAGUUUUCCAUCCAAUUAUCUUUCGAACAACAAUCAGACUUCUGGGACUCCAGUGCCGUCUACUUUGUCAAAUGUAGUUGGCUCUUCGGCCAUGGCUUCACCCAGCGGCCUAGGAAUCACCCCUCCUUCCAAUGUCACUGACCUCAAGGAGUCAAGUGGCAGCAGGAAGGCCAGGGUUCUCUAUGACUACGAUGCUGCAAACAGUACUGAGUUGUCCCUGCUGGCAGAUGAGGUGAUCACUGUGUUCAGUGUCGUUGGAAUGGAUUCAGACUGGCUAAUGGGGGAAAGGGGAAAUCAGAAGGGUAAAGUGCCAAUUACCUACCUAGAACUGCUCAACUGAAUAGGUGGACUAUGAAAAACCUGCUCAUCAUGACGUCGUAUUUAUAUAUAACUCUAAAUAAAGCAGGUUUAAGUAUCUUCCAUGGUAAUGUCCUAAAAGACUGGAAAACAAAAACCAGCCAUCAGAAACCAGCCCUUCUGCCAAUAAAGUUGCAUGGUAAAUAUUUCAUUAAGAUUUUGUUAGCGCUUUCAUGCCAAGAAUGUUUUCUUAUAAAAUUCUCUUUCUACUGAGAUUUCACUAAUAAGCUGCUUCUACUUUUGAGCCCCAACUUAAAGCAGAAGAACUGUUUUCUACUGAAUUUUUCAUUAACUGAAAGUUUUUCUUUUAUGUAAAAUAAAUCUAUUGUGAAUUGA